AUGCACGUAGAAGCAAUUCCUAUGAGAUGGGGAAGUGGUGAUAACUACUGUUAUUUGGUUAGUGAUUCCGCCAGUAAAGAUGCUUGCAUAAUUGACCCAGCGGAACCAGAAGAAGUUAAGACUUAUAUAGCAAAGCAUAAGUUACAGUUCAAUUUGAAAGCUAUUGUUAAUACCCACCAUCAUUACGACCAUUCUGACGGAAAUGGAGUGUUUCACAAAUUAUACCCAGAUUUACCUGUUAUCGCUGGAAAAGAUAGUCCGUUAGUAAGCUAUACCCCAAAGGAUAGAGAAGUAUUAUCAUUAUCUCCAACGUUAUCAAUUACUGCUUUAUAUACUCCAUGCCAUACCCAAGAUUCUAUUUGUUACUUCUUUGAAGAUUCGAACACCAACGAAAAAGCUGUUUUCACUGGUGACACUUUAUUCACUAGUGGAUGUGGAAGAUUCUUUGAAGGUACUGGUAAGGAAAUGAAUCAUGCUUUGAACGGAGUUUUGGCUAAAUUACCUCCAACUACCAAGGUUUUCCCGGGCCAUGAAUACACUAAGUCUAAUUUGAAAUUCUCCAGCACCAUUUUAAACAAUGAUGCUAUUAAAGCUUUAACCAAAUUUACUAAUGAGAAUGAAAAGACUACAGGUAUAUUCACUAUUGGAGAUGAAUUGAAGUUCAAUCCUUUUAUGAUGUUAAAAGACCCGGCAGUCAUUAAAGCCACUGGUAAAACCAACGAAGACGAUAUCAUGACAGCUUUAAGAGAAAUGAAAAAUAGAGGAUAA